AUGUUCUUCAUUGGUAGACUAUCCAUUACGGAUUAUUGUAUCAUAAUAUUGGUAUAUAUUGAGUCAACUCUGUCGUUCCUGGCAAACUUGGUGCCUCAUACUAUUCUUAAUAUAACGUCUUUUAUUGUCAGAUUAUUUUUACAUAUUACUGGUACUCGAACCUGGUUAACAUCUAUAAGUUCUCCAUCCACUAUAUAUGGUGAUAGCGAUGAUGAUGAAGAGACUAAAUAUGAAAAGGAAAAAUUACGUCGUAAAAAAUUGAGAAAAUUCGAAAAGACAAAUGUAGACCAAUCUGAAAAACCGAUUGAACAGAAAUUACAAGAAUGUCCAGAUAUUCACUCCAUGUGUAAAAUCUUUGACAUUGAAAUUGAAGACCAUUUAGUAAGAACUGAAGAUAAUUAUAUCUUAACUUUACAUAGAAUUAGACCAUCACCAGAAGUGGCAAAUGGUAAAGUUGCAUAUUUACAUCACGGUUUAUUGAUGUGUUCAGAUGUCUGGGUUUGUAACAUCGAUCGUUCCAAAAAUUUACCAUUUGUCUUACACGAUUUAGGUUAUGACGUUUGGUUGGGUAAUAAUAGAGGUAAUAAAUAUUCCACAGCCCAUUUACAUUAUUUACCCAAAGAAAGAAGAUUCUGGGAUUUCAGUAUCGAUGAAUUUGCAUUCUUUGAUAUUCCAAACUCAAUUGAGUUUGUAUUGAAAUCUUGUAACAUUGAUCAAUUGAUUUGUAUCGGGUUUUCACAAGGGUCCGCUCAAAUGUUUGCAGCUUUAUCAGUCAACGAAAGUUUAAAUUCCAAGAUAUCACAAUUCAUUGCCAUUGCCCCUGCAAUGACCCCUAAAAGAUUGCAUAACCCAUUAGUCGAUACUCUAGUGAAAUCUUCUCCCAAUUUGAUGUAUUUGUUUUUUGGCCAUAAUAUUAUUUAUCCAUCUGCUGUUAUAUGGAGAAGAACUUUACAUCCAAAAUUAUUCAAUUUGGGUGUAGACACUGGUAACAAGCUUCUAUUUAAUUGGCAUGCCUUAAAUAUUACAGAGAAACAAAAAUUAGUUUCUUAUAAUAAAUUGUAUUCCACAACAAGUGUGAAAUCAAUAGUUCAUUGGUUCCAAAUAUUAAGAUCACAAAAAUUUCAAAUGUAUGAAGAAUCAGAUGAUAUGUUUAAUUCAUUAUCAAAGCCUUACCAAAUUCCUGUUUUCCCAACUAAAACAAAUAUCAAAGUUCCAAUCCUAUUGUUAUAUGGUGGUCAGGAUUCAUUAGUAGAUAUUGAAGUAAUGAAGAAAAAUUUACCAAAGGAAGCUGUCUUUGAUGUCAAUAUUAAAGAACAUGAACAUUUGGAUUUAAUUUGGGGGAACGAUGUUGAUAAAUUAGUCAUCCCUAAGAUUGUCAAGUUUAUUGAUUUUUUUUCCAAUAUUAAUAAUUCGAAUUUGGAUCAUAAAAUUCAAAGAAGUUUAUUAUUGAAAAAUAGUAACCUUAACACUAUAUCACACUCAAUCUCACAGUAUGAAUCUAAUUCAAAUACAAAUAGUACAACUACCUUGGGUAAAAAUAAUAUUAAUCAUAUUAUUUUGAAUAAACAACCUCAACCUGUCUCAGAUAUGACUCAAACAGAGGAACUUUUGGAAUCAGAAUUAUUAAUUCCAUUUGAGUCAAGAACAGACAACGACAAAGAAAUAGAUGAUUAUUAUUAUAAAGAUGCAAGUGAAACUAUUGAUGCUACAUCUGAUAAAACUUAUCAUUUGUCAAAGAAACAAUCUAAUUCAAUCAUAUCUUCAUCACCUAAUUCUUAUUCCUUACGAAAGGUUAGUAGUAAGCCUCAUAGUAAUACUCAUAGUCAUAGACAUAAAUUUUCAAUGGAUUCCAUUGGUGAAGAACAAUAUUCGAACGAUAAGUUACAGCAUUCCGUAGAUGUUAAUGCUAGUGAUGAUCAUGAUACUAUCAGUCUAAAUAUUAAGGCAAAUAUGGAUGAAUUGAAUAUCGAGGACAUACUUUCAAAAGAAUAG